GAGCUGCUAGAAAGAUUUGGGUGACUGGAAUUCAAGAUACUUGCUUUGUCUUUUUACCCUGAGGCAGAGGAAGUGAGCACCAGAGCUUUCUCCAGUUCAGUUGAAGGACCCAUCAUACUGAAUUCAGCUUUGAAAAGUGGGAAUCCUCUUCUGUGCAGAACUGAAACAGGACCUUUGAUAGUUGUCUUGAAUAAAAACUGAAGCAAAAAUGUCUGUUAUAGAUCCCUAUCAACACAUUGUGGUGGAACACCAGUACUCACACAUAUUCACUGUGACAGUAAGGAAAGCCACCAAUGUCACCAAAGGAGCCAUUGGUGACAUGCUUGACACUCCAGAUCCCUAUGUGGAGCUGUUCAUCCCCUCUGCCCCUGACUGCAGGAAGAGAACCAAACAUUUCAAUAACGAUGUGAAUCCUGUCUGGAAUGAGACCUUCGAGUUCAUUUUGGACCCAAACCAGGAGAAUGUUCUGGAGGUCACUUUGAUGGAUGCCAACUACGUCAUGGAUGAGACUCUUGGCACAUCCACAUUUCCUAUAUCCUCUCUGAAACUGGGAGAGAAGAAGGAGGUCCAUUUAACUUUCAAUGAUGUGACAGAAAUGACUCUGGAAAUGUCUCUUGAAGUAUGCUCCUCCACUGACCUGCGGUUCAGCAUGGCUCUGUGCGAUGAGGAGAAGCGGUUCCGACAGCAGCGCAAAGAUAACAUCAUGCACAGCAUGAAAUCCUUCCUGGGAGAGGAAGACAGCAAGAACCUGACCACUUCCCGUGAUGUACCAGUGAUAGCCAUUCUGGGUUCAGGAGGUGGAUUUCGGGCCAUGGUGGGGUUUGCUGGAGUCAUGAAAGCUCUUUAUGAGUCUGGAGUUCUAGACUGUGCCACUUACAUUGCUGGGCUCUCGGGAUCCACAUGGUACAUGUCCACUUUGUAUUCACACCCUGAUUUUCCAGAGAAGGGACCCAAGGAGAUCAAUCAAGAACUGAUGAACUCUGUGAGCCACAACCCUCUCCUGCUGCUCACUCCUCAGAAAGUCAAACGCUACAUUGAAGCUCUGUGGAAUAAGAAGAGCUCAGGGCAGCCUGUCACCUUCACAGACAUCUUUGGAAUGCUGAUAGGUGAAACCCUUAUCCAUAAUAGAAUGGACACCACCUUGAGCAACAUGAAGGAGAAAACUGACAGCGCUCAGUGUGCUCUGCCGCUCUUUACCUGUCUCCACGUUAAACCAGAUGUCUCAGAGCUGAUGUUUGCAGACUGGGUGGAAUUCAGUCCCUAUGAGAUUGGAAUGGCCAAGUAUGGCACUUUUAUGUCUCCAGAUUUGUUCGGAAGCAAAUUCUUUAUGGGGACAGUGGUGAAGAAGUAUAAUGAAAAUCCCUUACAUUUCUUGAUGGGUGUCUGGGGCAGUGCAUUUUCUAUAUUAUUUAACAGAGUGCUUGGCGUCUCCAACUCUCAAAACAAAGGACCCACCAUGGAAGAAGAAUUAGAAAAUAUUAGGCUAAAGCACCUUGUGAGCAAUGACAGUUCAGACAGUGAAGAUGAAUCACAGCAACCAAAAGGCACUGAAAAUGCUGAGGCAAAUCAGGAAUAUCAGAACAGCAGCCAGGAGAGCUGGGUGCAGCGAAUGCUGAUGGCGUUGGUGGGGGACAGUGCCCUUUUCAACACCAGGGAAGGGCGUGCGGGCAAAGUGCACAACUUCAUGCUGGGAUUGAACCUCAACAGCUGCUACCCACUCUCUCCUCUGGCAGACCUUCUGAAGCAGGAGUCCGUGGAGGAAGAUGAACUAGAUGCAGCUGUUGCAGAUCCUGAUGAGUUUGAGAGGAUCUAUGAACCUCUGGAUGUGAAGAGCAAAAAGAUUCAUAUAGUGGACAGUGGGCUGACAUUUAACCUGCCAUACCCACUUAUCUUGAGACCUCAAAGAGGUGUGGAUCUCAUCAUCUCUUUUGAUUUUUCAGCAAGGCCAAGUGAUUCCAGUCCUCCUUUCAAAGAGAUUCUGCUUGCUGAGAAAUGGGCCAAGAUGAACAAGCUUCCAUUCCCCAAAAUAGACCCAAAUGUGUUUGAUCGAGAGGGCCUGAAGGAGUGCUAUGUUUUCAAGCCAAAGGACACCUCUUCAGAGAAAGACUGUCCAACUAUAAUCCAUUUCGUUUUGGCCAACAUCAACUUCCGGAAGUACAAAGCUCCAGGUGUUCCCAGAGAAACUCAGGAAGAGAAGGAUUUUGCAGACUUUGAUAUUUUUGAUGAUCCAAAUACACCCUUCUCUACCUUCAACUUCCAAUAUCCCAAUGAGGCUUUCAAGAGGCUCCAUGAUCUGAUGGAAUUCAACACCCUCAAUAACAUAGAUGUGAUCAAGCAAGCUAUGAAGGAGAGCAUUGAAUACAGGAAGGAGAACCCAUCUCGCUGCUCCGUGUCCCUCAGCAGCGUGGAAGCACGGAGAUUCUUUAACAAGAACAAUCUGAACAACAACCAUACGUAGAGGAUGUGCCAGAGGUCCUGCUCCUUCAAGAAACUGGUUCUGUCUUUAUAACUGGAUUAAGAAAAGGCAUUAUCAGAGCAUUGCUGCUGCUGAGCAGGGCUGGGCACAACUCCUGCAAACAUCUGCUUAUGAGUUCUCCAAGUGUCAAUAUGAUUUUGUACUCAGUUUUUCAGCAAAAGCCCUGGAAACAUUUCAGCAUGACAAGAACCCGACUAUAAAUACUCUGGAAUCAGCUGGGGAUGAUGAUGUUCCUUGGGUUCAGUGUCUAGCUUUUUAGUACUUACAAAAGGACAAGCCCUGGGUUCUCACCGUGGGGCCAUUGUCUGGUUUGUGAUGGAUGGAAACUGGAUGUGUCUUGGAACAUGGGAUGGAAUGAGAACCAGAGGAGAAACAAAUCUAGAAACAGAGACAAUACAGAGGGGAUCUGAUCAAUGUUCAGCAAGAGCUAAAGGGUAGGGGGGCAAAAGGACAGGGCCAGACACUUGUCAGUGGUGCCCAGUGACAGGACAAGGGGCAACAGACACAAACUGAAACCGAGAAGGUUCCAACUGAACAGAGUGAGAACUUCUUUGAUUUGAGGGUGCUGGAGCCCUGGAGAAGGCUGCCUAGAAAGGCUGUGGAGUCUCCUCUGGAGAGAUUCCAAACCCACCUGGACAUUGUGAUCCUGGGCAAGCUGCUGUGGGUGAUCCUGCUUUAGCAAGGGAGAUUUGCACUGCAUGAUCUCCAGAGGUCCCUUCUAACCCCCACCUUUCUGUGUGUAGCUGGGCUGGGGCCCAUACUCCGCUCUGCUCUGUAUCUAUAAGAAGCUUUCCUCUUACUGUGGUCUUAAAAGCCCAGGUUGGUGACCACCACUAGACUCCAGCAGUUCCCCCUGAGGUACAUUCAGUCAUUUGGCUGCUUACCAGCUGUGUCAGGGUUGAUUUCUUACCCUUGAAAGGAUUUUGCUGGCUAACAAUCAUUGGCUGUCUUGACCUGACCGAUUCCACAUUUCUCACACAUGGUGUCUCUUAAAACCCCCAGCAGAUGGGAGUCAGAGAAAUGGGGUUUAUGCAUCUUAGAGAAAAGGUUCCUCAGCUGCUUAUUAAUGCUUGUAGAGCUUUUGCAUCUGAUGCUAAGGUGGACCUGCGCCUGAAUCUUUUAAUUUCAAGUAUUGUCACAAAAAGUGAAGUCCACUACUGUUUUAAGAGUGUGUGCAUCCAGCCUCUUGGCACUUCUUUCUCUUGCUCCACAAAAUUACACUAGAAUCAUGGAAGGGUUUGAGUUGGAAGGGACCUUAAAGAUUAUCUAGUUCUAAGCCCCCUGCCAUGGGCAGAGACAUCUCCAAACCAGGUUGCUCUAAGCCUCAUUCAUCCUGGCCUUGAACACCUCCAGGGAGAGGGUGAUGGUUCUUGGAGAACCCAAGAGUAAAGAUCACAGAAUCCCAGAAUGGUUUGGGUUGGAAGGGUUGUUGAAGAUCAUCCAGUUUCAACCUCCUGCCAUGAGCAAGAACACAUCCCACUAGAUCAAGUUGCUCAAGGCCUCAUCCAACCUGAUCUUAAACAUUUCCAGGGAUGAAGCAUCCACAGCUUCUCUGGGCACCCUGUUCCGGUGUCUCACCACCCUCAUUCUAAAGAAUUUCUUCCUGAUUUCUUAGGAAACCUCUUGAUAAGGCUUCUUAAUUAACAGUAGUUGAAGGAAGAAGUUAAGUUCUUAUUGCUGACAAAGAGAAAUUAGAGGUGAUUUUUCCAUCUGACCACCAUGUUUCUGCUAGAGGACCAUGCUAGUGCUUACUGGGGACAGCAAAAAUGUUGCUGGGUGAAGAAUGUGCUGUAGUUCCUGUGUCAAAGGCUGAUUUUAAAGGUACAUUUUCAGUACACUGCAUAAUGACAGGCCCUGUGCAGACAGCUCAUUCCUGUGCCCUCUCAGUGUUAACUGCAUAUGCAUAGAAAAUGCAGUCACACCUCCAAAACCUUCAACCUGCUUUGAAAUCAUCUCAUCAGCAAGUGUGUGACAUGGGAAAGAGCAGGAGCUGAUGGGGGCCCUGCUGGCCAUGCACCGUGCACAAGAUCCAGUUACUGCUGUCUUUUGUGGUGCCUCCACAACAUACUUAAGUGGAAUUUUGGUCUCAGUAUCCCUCUUGAUGUUAAUAGGGUUUGGAUUUCUCCCUCUAUCUCUUAUAUAGAUUUAUAGAAUGGUUUGGGUUGGAUGGGACCUUAAAGAUCAUCGAGUUCCAAUCCCCGCUGCCAUGGGCAGGGACACCUUUCACUAGACCAGGCUGCUCAAGGCCUCAUCCAACCUAGCUGUGAAGAGCUCCAUGGAGGGGACAUCCACUGCUGUUCCAGUGUCUCACCACCCUCACAUGAAAGAAUUUCUUCCUAAUCUCCAGUCCAAAUCUGCCCUCCUCAACCUUCAAUCCAUUCCCUCUCAUCCUAACACUCCAAACCUUUGUAAAAAGUCCCUCCCCAGCUCUCCUGUAUCCCUUUCAGGUACUGUAAUGCUGCUCAAAGAUCUCCUUGGAGCCUUCUCUUCUCCAGGCUGAACAGCUCCAGCUCUCUCAGCCUGUCCCCACAGGGGAGGUUCUCCAGCCCUCUGAUCAUCUGCAUGGCCUCUCCUGGACCCAAUACAGCAGUUCUAUGUCCUUCUUGUGCUAGGGGUGUUAGGUCAAUGGUUGGACUUGAUGAUCUCGGAGGUCUUUUCCAACCAAAACAAUUCUGUGAUUCUAUGAGGGAAAAUAGAAGAAACUUAUCCUACUGCUGCCUAAUUUAAACGUUUUCAUUAAGAUCUGGAAUACAGGAAGAAACUGGUACUGUUAUUUUAUUGUAAAAUUCUCUUUUUCAAGGUUCCACUUCCCCCCCUUUUCUUAGUGAUGAUAUUUGUGGUUUGUAUUUUCCAGUAUCUACCUGCUCUGCUGUAUGGAACUAUUUUCCCCUCUUUUAUAUAGUUCAUAUUCUCACAGUGUUACCAGGCAAUGCAGAAUAAAAUGUAACUCUC